AUGGAUAAACGAGCCGCGAUUCCAGUCACCCUGCCUAGGAGUGAUCCAACACGCAGCUACUGGCAACUUGACCCUGACGGGAUCGCGGACCUACGCUCCACAGAUUCCCUCCCGGAUGAAGCCGAUGUCGUCAUAAUCGGAAGUGGAAUCACAGGGGCUGCAGUGGCUUUCAACUUGCUGAGUAACGGUACUCGUAAUAUUGUCAUGCUAGAAGCCCGACAAGCGUGCUCGGGCGCAACAGGCAGGAAUGGUGGACACACAAAAGCAGCCACAUAUGGCUCAUUUCUAGAUCAUGAGCGCCAAUACGGCAUAGCGACCGCCGUCAAGAUUGCACGUCUUGAGCUAGCUAACAUCCGCGCCGUCCAUGCGUUUGCUAAAGAACACGGCAUAGAUUGCGAUAGCAACCACUGCGAUACUGUGAACAUAGUAUAUGACCCGGUGCAGUGGGAGCAGAGCCUGCAUGGCGUGAAGGCGAUGCGGGAAGCGAUGCCCGACGGCGAUGCGCCCGUGUACACGAUACACAGCGCCGAAGAGGCGAGAGAGAAAUUCUUCUGUGGUCGUGGGGGAGAUGAGGGCGUGUGUGGGGCUAUCUCGUACGAAGCGGGCAGCCUGAGCGCGUACAAGCUUGUCAUCGGCUUGCUGAAGCUGUGCUUGGAGAAAGGCCUUAACUUGCAGACUCAUACCCCCGCACUAGGCUUGGAAAAGAUCGAGGGCGGCGGUUGGAAGAUUGAGACGAAUAGGGGUUCGAUUUGCGCCAAGAAAGUUGUGCUGGCGACCAAUGGUUACACCGCACAUCUUUGGAAGAAAUUCCAAGGCGUUAUCGUUCCUUUGCGUGGACAUGUCACGGCGCAACGACCUGGCAUGAAUAUGCCGAAAGAAGGUUUGCCAGUGACAUAUAGCUUCAUAUACAAAGAAGGCUACGACUAUAUGAUUCAGCGACCAAAGGGGUCCAAGUUCGAGGAUGAUAUCGUGAUUGGCGGGGCUCUCAUGAAGGGUUUCGAGGGAGGCCUGGAAGAAUACGGUACAACGGACGAUACGGUGUUCGACGGCAUCAUUAUCGAGGCUCUCCACGAGAGCCUACCGCGAUACUUUGGUGAUAGCUGGGGCGUGGACAAUCCGGAGGGUCGGCUUCGCUUGGCUUGGACGGGAAUCAUGGGUUACAGCCCCGACGGCCUCCCUUUCGUUGGCGAAAUGCCUGGAGAGAAGGAUCUCUGGGUCUCGUGUAGCUUCCAAGGUCACGGCAUGGUGCUUUGCUGGAUGUGCGCUCGUGCUCUCGUGACGAUGAUGGAGGGACAGGGAAAGGAGGAGGAGCUGAAGAAGUUGGACUCUUGGUUCCCCGAGAUUUUCAAAAUCACGGAGGAGAGGAUGCGCUUGACCUUUCACGGGCGCUUGCACUAA